GCAGUACUUUGACACGAUUCAGUUCAAGUUCAGGUGUGGUGAGCCCGGUUUCUGUGCUACGGUGAAAAAUGUGGUGGUGUGCGUGAAAUCUGACAUUGUGUGAUUUUACCUAAUGGAUAACCCCAGUUUAUGAUAGUUUAUUUUCUUCUGAAAGGGGGCCUGGCACGGACCGGCGAACAUCAUGGUCAUCGUUACGCGGGGGGAUUACAUCUGGAUCGAGCCGGUGUCCGGGCGAGAGUUUGACGUCGCUAUUGGCGCCAGGGUCGUCUCUGCAGAGGGUCGCCGCAUACAAGUGAAGGACGACGACGGCAAGGAAGUAUGGCUGACACCAGAGCGCCGCAUCAAGGCGAUGCACGCCACAUCGGUCCAGGGUGUGGAGGACAUGAUCUCCCUGGGCGACCUGCACGAGGCCGGUAUCCUGCGCAAUCUGCUCAUACGUUACAACGAGAAUCUCAUUUAUACAUACACAGGGUCAAUAUUAGUAGCAGUGAAUCCGUACCAGAUUCUUCCGAUCUAUACCGCCGAGCAGAUCAAGCUGUACAAGGAUCGCAAGAUUGGCGAACUCCCUCCUCACAUCUUCGCCAUCGGAGACAACAGUUACACCCACAUGAAGCGUUUCCGGCAAGAUCAAUGUAUUGUAAUCAGUGGAGAGAGCGGAGCUGGUAAAACAGAGAGCACAAAAUUGAUCCUACAAUAUUUGGCAGCUAUCAGUGGUAAACACUCGUGGAUAGAGCAGCAAAUUCUAGAGGCUAACCCUAUCCUUGAAGCAUUUGGGAAUGCAAAGACAAUCAGGAACGACAACUCAUCGAGAUUUGGCAAGUACAUAGACAUCCACUUCAACAGCGGAGGGGUGAUCGAGGGGGCGAAGAUCGAGCAGUACCUGUUGGAGAAGUCGAGGAUCGUGUCCCAGUCCAAGGAUGAGCGAAACUACCAUAUCUUCUAUUGUAUCCUGGCCGGACUCAGCAAGGAGGAGAAGCAGAAGCUGGAACUGAGCGAUGCUUCGCACUACAAGUAUCUCACUGGGGGAGGCAGUAUAACAUGUGAAGGCCGAGAUGAUGCUGCUGAGUUUGCUGAUAUCAGAUCAGCCAUGAAGGUGCUUCUGUUCUCUGACCAGGAGAUCUGGGAGAUCCUGAAGCUGUUAGCAGCACUACUUCACAUCGGCAACAUUAAGUACAAGGCAGCUAUCAUAGACAAUCUAGAUGCGACGGAGAUCCCAGACCUGAGUAAUGUGGCGAGGGUGGCUAAUCUGUUGGCAGUUCCUAAACAGCCUCUUAUUGAUGCUCUUACAAGGAAAACACUCUUUGCAUCUGGCGAGACUGUCGUGUCAACGCUGUCGAGGGAACAGUCGGUGGAUGUAAGAGACGCGUUUGUCAAAGGCAUCUACGGACGACUUUUUGUCCUGAUUGUAAGCAAAAUCAACAACGCCAUCUACAGGCCCAAGGGAAUAUCCAGGAGUGCUAUUGGAGUCCUGGACAUUUUUGGAUUUGAGAAUUUCAAUGUGAACAGUUUUGAGCAGUUCUGUAUAAACUAUGCAAACGAGAACCUGCAGCAGUUUUUUGUCCAGCACAUCUUCAAGUUGGAACAGGAGGAAUACAACCUAGAGCACAUCAACUGGCAGCACAUAGAAUUUGUAGACAACCAGGACGCCUUGGACCUGAUAGCCAUCAAACAGCUCAACAUCAUGGCGCUUAUCGAUGAGGAGAGCAAGUUUCCCAAGGGUACGGAUCAAACGAUGCUGGCCAAAUUGCACAAAACACAUGGAAGCCACCGCAACUACCUCAAGCCCAAAUCUGACAUCAACACUUCCUUUGGCCUCAAUCAUUUUGCGGGUGUUGUCUUCUACGAUACUAGAGGAUUCUUGGAGAAGAACAGAGACACAUUCAGUGCAGAUCUGCUGCAGCUUGUGACACUCUCCAGCAACAAGUUCCUGAAGCUGCUGUUCGCAGAGGACAUCGGCAUGGGCUCCGAGACUCGCAAGCGUGCUCCCACGCUUUCCACGCAGUUCAAGAAGUCUCUAGACGCCCUCAUGAAGACUCUCAGCUCCUGUCAGCCGUUCUUCAUCCGUUGUAUCAAACCCAACGAGUUCAAGAAACCUAUGAUGUUCGACCGUGGCCUGUGCUGCCGCCAGCUGCGAUACUCAGGAAUGAUGGAGACCAUUCGGAUACGAAGAGCUGGCUACCCAAUCCGACACACUUUCAAGGAGUUUGUGGAGAGAUACAGGUUUCUCAUUCCUGGAAUUCCUCCUGCCCACAAAACUGAGUGUCGCUCGGCAACAGCCAAGAUCUGUGGUGCGGUGCUGGGUCGCUCUGACUACCAGCUGGGCAACACCAAGGUGUUCCUGAAGGAUGCCCAUGACCUAUUCCUGGAGCAGGAGAGAGACAGGGUGCUCACCAGGAAUAUCAUCGUACUGCAGCGUUCUAUCCGGGGCUGGGUGUAUCGUAGGAGGUUCCUAAGAAUGAAAGCAGCUACAAUGAUCAUCCAGAAGUAUUGGAUGGGUUGGGCUCAACGAAGACGCUACCAACGCAUGCGUGUCGGCUACAUGCGGCUACAGGCGUUGGUGCGGUCUCGUGUGUUGUCUCACCGCUUCAGACAUCUACGGGGACAUAUCGUUGGGCUGCAGGCACGCAGCCGAGGUUACCUUGUGCGCAGGAUGUACGCCCAGAAAAUGUGGGCUAUCGUCAAAAUACAGUCUCAUGUUCGACGCAUUAUCGCACAGCGCAAGUUCAACAAACUUAAGUUUGACUACAGGACACAAUUGGAGGCCCUGAAAUUGAAGAAGAUUGAAGAAAGAGAACUUAGUCAACAAGGAAACAAAAGAGCCAAAGAAAUUGCCGAGAAGAAUUAUCGGGAAAGAAUGGAGGAGCUGGAGAGAAAGGAACAUGAGCUGGAGAUUGAAGAGAGGCGCCGUAUGGAGAUGAAGAAAAACAUCAUCAAUGAUGCAGCCAAGAAGCAAGAUGAGCCAGUGGACGAUAGCAAACUGGUGGAAGCCAUGUUUGAUUUUUUGCCCGAUUCUAGCAGUGAAGCUCCACUUCCUGCUAGAGAAACCUCAGUUUUCAAUGACCUGCCGACAGACAAGCAGGACCCCAACGAGCUGAUCACGGCAAUGCAAACUCAGUCAGAGGACGAAGAGGACUUGUCAGAGUUCAAGUUCCAGAAGUUCGCUGCAACGUACUUCCAGGGCAACAUCACGCACCAGUACUCCCGCAAGCCUCUCAAACACCCACUGCUGCCACUGCACACGCAGGGAGAUCAGCUGGCCGCUCAAGCACUAUGGAUCACAAUCCUGCGGUUCUGUGGAGACCUACCGGAACCUCGAUACCACACCAUGGAGCGAGACAACACCUCGGUUAUGUCCAAGGUGACAGCCACGCUUGGCCGGAACUUCAUCCGCAGCAAGGAGUUCCAGGAGGCACAGAUGAUGGGCAUGGACCCGGAAACAUUUUUAAAGCAGAAGCCACGUUCUAUCAGACACAAGCUGGUAUCGCUGACACUGAAGCGCAAGAACAAGUUGGGUGAGGAUGUGAGACGUAAGCUGCAGGAAGAUGAGUACACAGCGGACAGCUACCAGUCCUGGCUCGAGGCACGGCCCACUUCCAACUUGGAGAAACUACACUUUAUAAUUGGCCAUGGCAUCCUGCGGGCGGAGCUAAGGGACGAGAUAUACUGCCAGAUCUGCAAACAGCUCACCAACAACCCUUCCAAGUCCUCUCAUGCUAGAGGUUGGAUCCUUCUUUCACUGUGUGUCGGUUGUUUUGCUCCAUCGGAAAAGUUUGUAAGCUACCUGAGAGCUUUCAUCCGCGAGGGUCCGCCCGGUUACGCGCCUUACUGUGAGGAUCGGCUCAAGCGCACGUUUAACAAUGGUACUCGCAACCAACCUCCCAGCUGGCUGGAACUGCAGGCAACAAAAUCCAAGAAACCCAUCAUGCUACCGAUAACAUUCAUGGACGGCAAUACUAAAACACUGUUGGCUGACUCUGCCACCACAGCUCGGGAACUAUGCAACCAACUCUCAGACAAGAUCGGCCUCAAGGAUCAGUUUGGAUUCUCUCUCUACAUUGCUCUUUUUGAUAAGGUGUCAUCGCUGGGCAGUGGGGGAGAUCAUGUGAUGGAUGCCAUCUCCCAGUGUGAGCAGUAUGCCAAGGAGCAAGGAGCUCAGGAGCGGAAUGCCCCUUGGCGACUAUUCUUCCGAAAGGAGAUCUUCGCUCCCUGGCACGACCCCACUGAAGACCAGGUGGCCACCAACCUCAUUUACCAGCAGGUGGUCAGGGGCGUCAAGUUCGGAGAGUACCGUUGUGACAAGGAAGAGGAUCUUGCAAUGAUUGCAGCCCAACAGUAUUUUAUUGAGUUUGCUACUGACCUGAACAUGGAAAGGUUACUGAACUUGUUGCCCAAUUACAUUCCUGACUAUUGCUUGACUAAUGCAGAGAAGUCAAUAGACAGAUGGGCAGCUCUCAUUGUCCAAGCAUAUAAAAAGAGCUACUACCUCAAGGAGAAGAUACCCUCGUUACGAAUCAAAGAGGAUGUCGUCGGUUACGCAAAAUUCAAGUGGCCUUUGCUCUUCUCACGAUUUUAUGAGGCCUACAGAAAUUCUGGUCCAAAUCUGCCAAAGAAUGAUGUCAUUAUCGCAGUCAACUGGACGGGCGUGUACGUUGUUGACGACCAGGAGCAAGUUCUCCUAGAACUAUCCUUCCCAGAGAUCACCACUGUUGCUAGUCAUAAAACCAAUAAAGUAUUCACUCAAACAUUCACACUGUCUACGGUGAGGGGGGAAGAGUUCACAUUCCAGAGUCCUAAUGCUGAAGACAUCCGAGACCUAGUUGUUUACUUCCUGGAAGGGCUCAAGAAAAGGUCCAGCUUCGUCAUUGCCCUGCAGGAUUACAAAGCUCCAGGAGAAGGGUCAUCAUUCCUGAGUUUCCGGAAGGGCGAUCUGAUCGUGCUGGAAGAGGACAGUUCCGGGGAGACUGUAAUGAACUCCGGGUGGUGUGUGGGUCGAUGUGAGCGUUCUGGGGAACGUGGUGACUUCCCUGCAGAGACAGUUUACGUGCUGCCCACCCUCACCAAGCCGCACAAUGAUAUUCUGGCACUGUUCUCAUUGGAAGGAGCAGACCAGGGUCGUCGUCUUAAUACUCAACACAUGAACGGCACUGAGCCGCGGGAAAAGCCACAUACGCUCGCUGAAUAUGCCAUUGAUCACUUCAGAUUACCACCGAAGAGGACAAUGUCAAAGGCAUUGACACUGACGUCAGCAAGACGUGGGUUGCCAGAUGAGUUGUGGCGACACACGCGAGAGCCAAUGAAGCAGCCGCUACUGCGCAAGUUGGUCGGCAAGGAAGAGUUGGCAGAGGAAGCCUGUUUCGCAUUCACAGCAAUACUCAAAUACUGCGGAGAUCUUCCCGCCAAACGUAGAGCCAGCAACGAAUACACUGACCAAAUCUUUGAUGGUCCUCUAAAACACGAGAUUCUGCGCGACGAGAUAUACUGCCAGCUGAUGCGCCAGCUCACUGACAACCGCAACCGGAUGAGUGAGGAGCGAGGGUGGGAACUCAUGUGGUUGUCGACCGGCCUGUUUGCUUGCAGUCAGAGUCUUCUAAAGGAACUGACACUCUUCCUCAGGACCAGGAGACACCCAAUUUCACAGGACUCUCUGCAGCGGCUACAGAAGACCCUGAGGAAUGGCCAACGCAAGUACCCACCCCACCAAGUCGAAGUGGAGGCCAUUCAGCACAAGACCACUCAGAUCUUCCACAAGGUGUACUUCCCCGACGAUACUGAUGAGGCAUUUGAAGUGGAUUCCUCAACAAGAGCGAAAGAUUUCUGUGCUAACAUUGCUCAGCGACUUACUCUCCGAUCUUGUGAAGGGUUCAGUCUCUUUGUUAAGAUCGCCGACAAAGUCAUUUCAGUGCCAGAAGGAGAUUUCUUCUUCGACUUUGUGCGUCACCUCACUGACUGGAUCAAGAAAGCCAGGCCUUCAAGGGAUGGAGCGACUCCCCAGUUUACCUACCAGGUGUUCUUCAUGAAGAAGCUGUGGACAAACACCGUGCCAGGGAAGGACCGCAACUCUGACCUCAUAUUCCACUUUCACCAAGAGCUCCCCAAGCUUCUCAGAGGUUACCACAAGUGCACCAAGGAGGAAGCAGCGAGGUUGGCAGCCCUUGUGUACAGGGUCAGGUUUGGUGAGAGCAAGCAGGAACUACAAGCCAUUCCACAAAUGUUGAGAGAGCUCGUACCCGCAGACCUGCUCAAAAUUCAGAGCUCAGCAGACUGGAAAAGAGCGAUAGUUGCAGCUUACAAUCAGGACGCAGGAAUGAGCCCAGAAGAUGCGAAAAUUACCUUCUUGAAAGUGAUCUACCGCUGGCCAACGUUUGGGUCAGCUUUCUUCGAAGUGAAGCAGACAACCGAGCCAAACUACCCUGAGAUGUUGCUGAUCGCCAUCAACAAACAUGGUGUCAGUCUCAUCCACCCCCAGACUAAGGAUAUUCUAGUAUCACAUCCAUUCACCCGCAUCUCGAACUGGUCAUCAGGUAACACAUACUUCCACAUGACCAUCGGUAACCUUGUACGGGGCUCUAAGCUGCUCUGCGAGACAUCUCUCGGAUAUAAGAUGGAUGACCUGCUCACCUCGUACAUCUCUCUCAUGCUGACCAACAUGAACAAGCAGAGACCUGCCAAGUAAAAUUUGGCAAUAUAAACUAAGGUCCGUUUUGGCAGCUAUUAAAAAGGAACAUUCCUUAUAUUUUGUAACUUUACAAAAAGGUCUGAUCUUCCGAAGUUUUACAAGUACGAUUCUGUAAUGAAAAAGACAUAUUUUGUGAGAGCUUAGUUAGAAUGUUUGUUAUUUUUUCAAGAAAAUCAAAAGCGUAGAAAAUAAAAAUAAGUAUUACAGUAUAUUGAAUACGUCAGUGUCAGAAGGUACUAAACAGUUUGAAAACAAAUGAUAAUUUAAAAUAAUUUAAACCUUGUUUAUAAUCAUUGUUCACAUCAUACUUUGCACUUUUAUUUACAAAAAAAAAAGAUGUAGUAGUGAAUAGGAAAAUGUAUAUACCAUUGGAUACAUUGCAAUAUUCUACAAUAUAGAACUGUGUUUUUUUAGUUAUUUUUAGCAACGUCCACUAUUCACUUAAGUUUUAAUUUAAUAGUUUUCAACUUGUUUUUUUGUUUUUUCACGUAAGAUGAGUAAAUGUUAUAUUAUUAAACCUCUUCAGUUGGCCAAGAAAAAAUCUUUAAUGAGAUCACUAAAAUUUAUAUUUAAUAUAAACAUGAGACUGUGUUAAGGAAAUUCUCAUUAAAAUUGGGGUGUAGAUGUGGCCGGCCAUCUUGAUUUAGACCUGUAAAAACAAUGUUAAACCUCACGCACAUUCACAACCUUAUUUUUAGUCAUAGACUUGUGGGAGAUAUCUCAUUUUAAAGAUAUAACUAAUAGCAUUUGUUUAUCUUUUUUAGUAUUUUCAAUAUUUUAUUGGUUAUUUAGAAAAUAUCUUAACCUUUUUUCAACUUCAUCGUUUAAAUAUUCAAAAGUUUACACUUCACAUAAAAAAACUCUAAAGCAUUUGGAUACAUAUCUAAAAGCUCUUAUCUCCUAUAACGUCACAAUUGACAAUGAAGAUGUAAAAGUGUAUGAGGUUUAACAUUGUUCUUAUAAUGAAAAACUCAAGAUCGUUUCACUACAGCCGUCUCUUAAAGUUAUGUAUUAUAUAAUCUUUAGAAAUCCUCACAGCAUUUUCUCAUAUUAUUAAUCUGUUAAAUAAUUUGGUUUCAUAAAUUUCAUCACUGCUGUAAAAUGAAUUUAUUACAAUUUAUUCAUCUUUGGAAUUACUUUCAUAAUUAGGCUAUUUUAUGAAAUGGAUAAAUUAGAGUAAGAAUCUUGAAAUACAUGGAAACUUUUUUAGUAUGAAUAAUGUUUUCCUUGUGGAAGUUUGAAGACUGAAAAUAUUACAUUGAUGUAUUCUUCUAAAACAAAUU